AUUCGCAACGACUCAUGGGAUCACUAGCAUCAGAUCAGUGACUUUUGCAGCCAUGUCGGACGACAUCCAGAAGAAGCAAGGUUCCUCGAGCUCUACUGCAGCCAAGCCUCAUCUGACGCACACGGCCUCGGGUUCCCCUCUACCACCGACCAACGGGACAUCACAGCCUCAUACCUCCGUCGGCGGUACCACCACUUCGGACAAGGUCAAGGAGAAGGGCAAGGAGAAGGAGAAGGACAGUCUGGAGAAGCCUUCGAACGUGUUCAAAAACGAUGGAAGUUUCUUGGCGAGAUUCCAAAAGCCCAAGGAACCGUCAGCGGAGGACAAGAAGGCUGCCGCGGUAGCUCAGAAAAAGGCCUUUGAGGAUCGCUUUAGGAAACGUGGUAAACGACCUCUCCCUGUCGGUGAAGAUGACUCGAAAAACAAGAAACCGAAGACCGAACUUUCUGCGUACGAGAAAGAGGUAGCCAAGUAUGAAUCGAGGGUGUUGAAGGAUACCGGAUCGGGUGUGCGGGCGAUCAUGAAAUGAUCCGUCCUCUCCUAUCCCAGCCUCCGAAAAUUACGAUUUCACCGAACAUGGACGCGAGCAGGAAAACUGCAUCUCAUUGACGAUAUCGACCUCGUCACGCAGCGAUCCUAAUGGAGGAGCGGUGUAGGCUCGAAUGUUAUAGGUUAGCCUGAUAUAUGAAAUGUAUUGCCGUCGUUGACUCGCAAUCGAGACCAUCCGAUGGUCUGCUAUAU